AUAACAAUUGGCGACGGGGUAAAAAAAUACAAUCCAAAGUCAUUCUGUAAUUGGACAAAAUCCAGUCUAAUUAUUCAAUCAAUCAGUAUCCAGUUUGUCAUCAGUGUCCCUGAACGACAUUGGUCAUUAUUCAUACAGUAAUCUUCAUUGCUGGUGCUGAUCCAAAAAAUGACACUCCCUUCCGAUCGAUUGCAGCUGCUCUUUGAACGACAUUUGGAGUUAUUAGUCAAGUUCCGCACGCAGCUGCUAAGUCAGUCAUGCUAUGAAGAUGCGACGGAAGUGGAUGGAUUGAUAUCUGAGUUACACAGUGAGCUGGAAAAUGACAGCAGCCUCCAGGAAUCCUCGAUUAACUGUACUUCAAACGGAACGGCAGUCAUCCAUGAUGCGCCCAGUGGUCCAGUCCUCUCCAUUCCAGAAACAUGCCCAGUAAUGGACUCAAACUCCAUUAUCCCCAAAACAGCAUGUGCAGGCGGUGACUUAUCCAGCUCACAAACACACUCCCUGGUAAAUGCUCAUAGAAUUGUCUCAAUAACCGCCCAUGAAACAGAAAAACCGAGCGGUACACUGAAUGCAGAUACUCCAAAUGGUCCUCAUCAUUCAGCAACAGAAGUUUCUGACGAAUCUUAUUAUGGAGAUUCUCUUUUACCAGAAAAUAUGUCAGAUACAUCAAAUGAUGAUCAAAAACUUAAUAAAAAUUUGAUAGAUGCUAAUUACCUUGAUGAUCGAUUAUCUACAAAUAAGAUUCCAAAUAAAUUUGGUCACAAUAUUUCAGAAGAAUUAAACUUCGAAAACCUCACAUCAAGUGUCGUUCAGUCUCAAGACUUAGUCACUUUCAGUCAAUUCUCUGUUCAGUGCGAUAAAUAUGUCUUAAACAAAUUCAAGUUAAUUAUAACAUGGGCAUAUGAGGAUCCAACACUGUUUCGUGGGGGAGGAUGGACCUGGAAAACUUAAAAUCCGGAUAUCAACUCCGGAUCUUCUAAAAAGGGGAGGAGUGUUGGGGACGAUAGAUCCCCAAAACUCAAAUUUUGUAAUUUACUUAUCGAUUAAAUGUGCAGAUAGGUCAAUUGAUGAACUAUCGAUUAAAUGUACAAAUAGGUCAAUUGAUGAACUAUCGAUUAAAUGUUCAAAUAGCAGUCAAUUGUUGA